UCAGAAUAGGGUGGGAAGGGCCCUUGGAGGUCGUCUAGUCCAGCCCCCUGCUCAAGCAGGAGACCCUGUACCGUAUACAUUUGAGACAGGUGGCCGUCCAUUCUUUUCUUAAAAGUCUCCACUGUUGGGGCAACCACAAAUUCCUUGUGUGUCCAAUCACACUUGGCCAAUAAAAAAUUCUGUUCUAUUCUAUUCUGUUCUGUUCUGUUCUAUUCUAACUUCUGCAGACCAGUUGCUGUUGUUGGUAGUGGCAAAGUUGUGUCCGACCCAUCGUGACCCCAUGGACCACAUUCCUUCCUGUCCUUUACCAUCCUCUGGAGUCCAUUUAAGCUCACACCGACUGCUUCACUGACUCCAUCCAGCCACCUCAUUCUCUGUCGUCCCCUUCUUCUUUUGCCCUCAAUCUUUCCCAGCAUUAGGCUCUUCUCCAGUGAGUCCUUCCUUCUCAUUAGGUGGCCAAAGUGUUUUGAGUUUCAUCUUCAGGAUCUGGCCUUCUAAAGAGCAGUCAGGGUUGAUCUCCUCUAGGACUGACCAGUUUGAUCGCCUGGCAGUCCAAGUGGGGGAAAAGUGACAGGUUUCCAUCGGUCUUCUUCUUUAGGUUCAUAUAUAAGAUCUGUUUUUUUAAAUGGAAGCUGUUCGUUCCCUGUUGUGUUCAAUGUGGGUGUAUUGGAUUUCUUCUUGAGGUUCAUUUUUUUAAAGAAGCUCUUUGCUUACAAAGGAAGCUGGUGCCACCAGGAAAACCUUUGGGGGAAGUUCUGCUUGCAGGAUCCAAUCUGGCUCAGUCACCGGGACUAAAGAUUUAGUCUUCUCAGCUUUCGGACUCGUGCUGGAGCCCAUCCUCCUGCCCAUCUUCUAACUUUUUCACCAAAGUUCUGCUUGUUCGAGUUUCCUCGGAUGGAAAGCCCUGGAAGUAAGCAGCCCCUGGAAAUUAUGCAGAGGGGGGAACACUUUGGCCAAAGGUCCCUUCAGAGGAAUCUGGGGAGACCCUUGAAAUGCUCCAAAUGCGGAAAAUCCUUUGCUCACCGGUCCCUCCUUUUGAUCCAUCGGAACCUGCAUAUGGGAAAUGGAUCCCACCUGUGUUUUCUUUGUGGAAACUCCUUUCCUGGAAUGUGGAGCUUUGCCAAACAUCUCCGGAGCCACCCUGGACUGAGGCCUUAUAAAUGCGGAGAGUGCGGGGAGCAUUUUGCUAAAGGCUCAGACCUUGGAGCCCAUCAGCGAAUCCACCAGGGAAAGAGAUCUCAGGAAUCCUGGAAGCGCUGGGGAAGAUUUCCUGGAAGACGGCGUCUUUCUAGGCCUCAGAAGAGCCCAGCUGAAGAGAAGCCCUGCAAGUGUGUGCAAUGUGGGCUGUGCUUUUCUCAAAACUCACAGCUGCUUAAACAUCAACAAAUCCACACCAGAGAGAAACCUUAUCAAUGUCUGGAGUGUGGGAAAUCUUUCCACUUUAAACAAUGUUUUAGAAAACAUGAGAAAAUUCACACAGGGCAGAGUCCUUAUAAAUGUUUUGUGUGUGGAAAAUGUUUCACUCGGAGCUCAUCUCUUUGCAAACAUAAUAAAACACACACAAAGGAGGAAAGGAAAACGUGCCGAGAAUGUGGGAAAUGUUUUUCCAGCAAAUUCUGGCUGAUGCAACAUCAGAGAAUUCACACUGGAGAAAGACCCUAUAAAUGUCCAGAAUGUGAGAGACGAUAUGUGAGUUUGUCGGCACUUCGGAAACACCAAAGCACACACACAUCAGGAAGGCUCUAUAAAUGUAAGGAUUGUGAGAAAUGUUUUUUUUUUAAGGGAAGUCUUUUUCGACAUCAGAGUGUCCACACAGGGGAGAAGCCCUAUCAGUGCAUCCAGUGUGGAACAUUUUUUCGUACAAUAUUCAUCCUCAGAAGUCAUGAAAAUGUUCACAGAGGAGAGAAAAAAUUCAAAUGUUUAGACUGUGGGAAAGCAUUUGUUUCUUCAUUUACCCUUAGAAAUCACUGCCGAAUACAUACAGGAGAGAGGCCCUAUAAAUGCUCGGAGUGUGGGGAAACUUUUCAUUGCCAGAGACAUCUUACAAACCACAAGAGGAUUCACGCAGGAGAGGAAGCUUACAAAUGUGUGCAGAAAAAUGAAAAGUGCCCAGAAUGUGAGAAAUGUUUUGGCAGGAAGUCAAACCUAAUUCGACAUCAGAAAAUACACACCGGAGAAAGACCCUAUCAAUGCCCAGAAUGUGAGAAAAGAUUUGUGCAAUUGAGUGAACUUCAGAUACAUCAAAAGGGACACACAGGGGAGAAGCCCUUUAAAUGUGGGGAGUGUGAAAAAUGUUUUAUCACGGCAGCACGGCUACGGGUUCAUCAGAGAAUCCACACGGGGGAGAGGCCAUACAAAUGUGAAGAGUGUGGGAAAUGCUUUUCUCAAAAACACCACCUUACAUAUCAUCAGAAGAUCCAUACACGAGGGAAGCCAUAGCGAUUCACAGAGUGCGAUAAUGUUUUGUUCAAAAGGAAGACAUCAGAAAAAUCAGAGUAAAGGGGAAGAUGAGAGGUCAACUGAAUGCAGAGAGAUUGACUGUUUUCAUAUAUAGAGUUAAUUAAGAUUUAAAGUAGGCGAAAGGAGAUAUGGAAUUGAACAAUAGACUGUGAAUUUGAAACUAAAGUGCCAUAUGUGGAAAUGGUGGAUAAUUGUAAUUAUUGUAAUUGUAAAUAAUUGUAAUUAUUUGGCUAUCCGUGAUCAUCUCGGUAUAGUUCUCCAAUACUAAAGAUGUCCGGUGAUAUGGCCAGCAGCUGACACACCCAAUGACAAUUUUUAAGAGGUCAAGUUAGGGACUUUUGCAUUAUGGAUAUCAGCAAGGCUGGGUAUUCCUGCAGAAAAAAAUGAUAUGAUAGCUAUUUCAGUGAGGGAAAAUUUAAUUGGGGAAGAUUUGCUUCAGACCAAUUUAUAAUGUUAACAGGACAGCUUUGGGACUUUUUAAAAUGGAUAUAAAUAAAGCUGAGAACUUCAGGAAAAGAGACUUGAUAGACUCUCCUUGAAAGAAAGCGACUCUAUUCUAGGAAGAUAAGCUGGAGGGAGUGACUUAAAUAUGUUUUAAUUAGAAUGGAUUACCAUAUUUUUCAGAAUAUAAGACCCAUCUUCCCCCCCCCCAAAAAAGGUUAAAAUUUCGGUGCGUCUUAUACUCUGAAUGUAACCCCGUUCACCCACUGGCCCCCACACUUUGGCUUCUGCCUCCCAGCAAUUUACCUCCUUGCAGCAAGCAGCAAGAAGAAACAGCCCAUUUCACUUUCAGCACAGCCUGAUUAGCACAAGCAGCUGAUUGUCUGUCCCAUCAGCCUCCCGACCCUCAGCUGUUUCAGGCUGCAGGGAUUGUCAUUGCCUAUUGCCAGGCAGGACUCUGCUGCUUGCUGCAAGCAGGCAAAUUGCUGGGAGGCAGAUUUUUUUUUUCUUGUGAUGAAAAUGAAAAUGAAACUAAAGCAGGCUGUUUGCUGAAACGAGGCAAACUGAGAAGCAGAGUAAUUGUGAGCGUUUUAUGGUCUUACUUUCUUCUUUGUGUCCUUUUGUUGUAAAAUUUCUGUCUAGAAUCAACAAUUAGUUGGAAUUUAAAAAGCAUUUCACUAACUUAGUUGAAAUAUUACCUGA